GACGGCCGGGCGUGCUUUUGUGUGGUUGGGCCAAUAAAGGGUUCACGGGAAAGGAUAUGCAGGAGCACGUCAUUGGAUGUGCGCAAAAGAUAUCCCUUGAGGUGUGGCUGGGUGAUCAGGACUAGUUUGAGCGUUUAAUCGUGUAACAACUUACCAACUUGCGUGGGACGGGCCAAUAUUUGUUCGUAGCAUUGGUCGCGGCAUUUGCGGGUGUUCCUCUCCCGCCUAAGAUGAGUAUGAACUGUAAUCCACCCCACUCAAAUGGGUUGCUGUUUUCUGCAUUUAAUCAGGACCAAGGGUGCUUCGCCUGCGGCACGGACGCGGGAUUCCGUAUCUACAACUGCGACCCGCUGAAGGAGAAGGUACGCCAGGAUUGGCCGGACGGCGGCGUCGGCAGCGUCGAGAUGCUCUUCCGCUGCAACUACGUGGCGCUGGUGGGCGGCAGCAUCAGUCCCAAGUACCCGCCCAACAAAGUGAUGAUCUGGGAUGACCUGAAGAAGCGGACCGUCAUCGAGCUGGAGUUCUUCAGCGACGUGCGUGCCGUGCGGCUUCGCCGCGACCGCAUCGUGGCCGUGCUCGACAACAUGAUCAAAGUGUACACGUUCAUCCAGAAGCCGCAGGCGCUGCACGUCUUUCCCACCUCGUUCAACCCUCAGGGCCUGUGCGUGCUCUGCCCCAACUCGAGCGCCUCGCUGCUGGCGUUCCCCGGCGCGCGCACCGGCCACGUGCACCUGGUGGACCUGGCCGACACGUCCCGGCCGCCGCUGGACGUGGCCGCGCACGAGGCUGCGCUCAGCUGCCUCCAGCUCAACCUGCACGGCACGCGUCUGGCCACCGCCAGCCAAAAGGGGACGCUGAUCCGGGUGUUCGACACGUCAUCCGGCGACAUACUCUGCGAGCUGCGCCGGGGAGCCAACAACGCCCACAUCUACUGCAUCAACUUCAACCACGACUCGUCGCUGCUGUGCGUGUCCAGCGACCACGGCACCGUGCACGUGUUCGCCGUGGAGGAGGAGCACAAGGCCAAGGAGACCGGACUGGUGCCGGCCGCCGCCGCCCUGCUGCCCAAGUACUUCAAUUCGCGCUGGUCGUUCGGCCGGUUCCAGGUGCCCGGCGGGCCGCAGUGCAUCUGCGCGUUCGGCGCCGACAACAAGUCGGUCAUCGUGGUGUGUGCUGACGGCAGCUACUACAAGUACGGGUUCACGGCCAAAGGCGAGUGCCGGCGCGAGCUGUACGCCCAGUUCCUCGAGCUCGGGGAGGACACCUAGCGGCCGGCCGCGCC